UUGGAGGCGCCGUUUUCUCUUCUCUGAGGUCAUCGUCGGCGUCGGCGUCGGCGCCGGCGUCAGCGUCGUCGUCGUCGUCGUCGUCGUCGUCGACGUCCUGGGGCCCCCGGAGGCCGUUGCAGGUGCUGUCUUUUCUGCUGCCGAGGAUGCACGAGUCCGAGCUGGCCGGCCUGCGCUCGCAGGCGGCCCAGAGGCGGCGUGAACGGGCGCACCGGCUGGAGCAGGACUUCGAGGCGCAGAGGCGGACCCUGGAGCAGUCCACCGCGCACAUGGGCUUCGAGCUGGAGCAGGAGCGCAGGGACCGCGCCGACGCGGCGGACGCCUGCGCCGGCAUCCGGCAACAGGUCGAGGCGAUGCGCGGGACGCUCGACGAGAUGCUCCGGCGGGAGGGCCAGGCGGAGCGCGACGCGGCCCAGGCCCGCGAGGAGGCGGCGGCGAAGGAGGCGGAGGCGGCCGCGCUGCAGGGCGAGGUGGCCGUGCUGCUGGCGCGCCAGCGGGCCGCCGGCCUGGGCGCGGCGCCGCCGCCCCCGGGCAGCAGCCUCCGGCCCGGCGCGGCGGCGGCGAACGCGGCGCAGGCCGCCGCCGCGGCGGUGCUGGCGGAG